CGCCCCAUUCCGCCGCACUCGCAGUCUCGCUGCCGUAGAGUCAACUCCCAGCGCGUCCCUACACCACACAAAACACAAAGAUGUGCGACGACGAUGUUGCUGCGCUCGUAGUCGACAAUGGCUCCGGCAUGUGCAAGGCCGGUUUCGCCGGCGACGACGCGCCCCGCGCCGUCUUCCCAUCCAUCGUCGGUCGCCCACGUCACCAGGGCGUCAUGGUCGGUAUGGGCCAGAAAGACUCCUACGUAGGCGAUGAGGCCCAGAGCAAGAGAGGUAUCCUCACCCUGAAGUACCCCAUCGAGCACGGCAUCAUCACCAACUGGGACGACAUGGAGAAGAUCUGGCACCACACCUUCUACAACGAGCUGCGCGUCGCCCCCGAGGAGCACCCCGUCCUCCUGACCGAGGCUCCCCUGAACCCCAAGGCCAACAGGGAAAAGAUGACCCAGAUCAUGUUUGAGACCUUCAACUCCCCGGCUAUGUACGUCGCCAUCCAGGCUGUGCUCUCCCUGUACGCCUCUGGUCGUACCACCGGUAUCGUGCUGGACUCCGGAGAUGGUGUCUCCCACACCGUCCCCAUCUACGAAGGUUACGCUCUGCCCCACGCCAUCCUCCGUCUGGACUUGGCUGGCCGCGACUUGACCGACUACCUCAUGAAGAUCCUCACCGAGAGGGGUUACUCUUUCACCACCACCGCUGAGAGGGAAAUCGUGCGUGACAUCAAGGAGAAGCUGUGCUAUGUCGCUCUCGACUUCGAGCAGGAGAUGGCCACCGCCGCCGCCUCCACCUCCCUCGAGAAGUCCUACGAGCUUCCCGACGGUCAGGUCAUCACCAUCGGUAACGAGAGGUUCCGUUGCCCCGAAGCCCUGUUCCAGCCUUCCUUCCUGGGUAUGGAAUCGUGCGGCAUCCACGAGACCGUGUACAACUCCAUCAUGAAGUGCGACGUUGACAUCCGUAAGGACCUGUACGCCAACACUGUCAUGUCCGGUGGUACCACCAUGUACCCCGGUAUCGCCGACAGGAUGCAGAAGGAGAUCACCGCCCUAGCUCCCUCCACCAUCAAGAUCAAGAUCAUCGCUCCCCCCGAGAGGAAGUACUCCGUAUGGAUCGGAGGAUCCAUCCUGGCCUCCCUGUCCACCUUCCAGCAGAUGUGGAUCUCCAAGGAGGAGUACGACGAGUCCGGCCCCGGCAUCGUCCACCGCAAGUGCUUCUAAGCGCCUUGACCCUAGUGCUGUGUGUUGUGGUGUUCUCUACUCGAGUAACGGAGUGCGAGCAUUUUGUACGUUGUACGUAGUGAUACCUGACAGAACUGAACAUCUUAAUAUAACGCCAUCUAUUAUAAU